AUGGCUGGAUUGAAGCGUGCUGUCGACGGCAGCGAGGAGCGCAAUGGCAAGCGCAGCAAGACCAAGGAAGGUUCCGCAUCCAAGAAGUCCAAGUCCACAGCGCCCGUGAAGAAGUCAAGCUCUUCAUCAAAGGAUUCCAAGAAGGACUCGAAAUCCAGCAAGAGCGACAAGAAGCCCUCAAAGAAGGUCCAGAAGGAAGAGUCCGAGGAUGAAGACGACUUUGACAUCGACGAUGUUUCCGACGAAGAUAUUGAUGCCCUUGAUGCCCUUUCAGACGACGAUGUUGUGAUGGACGAAGCGAACGAUAAGGAAGAGGAGGAACCCGAGUCUGACGAGAAGGAGCAGAACCAGCCCCCAAAGAACCCCAACAACAACUCCCGCGAGUCUCACAUCAAGCAAAAGGCGCUCCAACAAGAGCGCAAGGCCGCCAAGCCCAAUGCCGAUACCGUCGCCCGGUCCAAGAAGCUUUGGGAGCAGCUGCGCCGCAAGUCCCACGUCCCACUGGAGGAGAGAAAGAAGCUGGUCAAGGAACUGUUCGAGAUCAUCACCAACCGAGUCCGCGAUUUCGUCUUCAAGCACGACUCCGUCCGAGUUAUCCAGACCGCCCUCAAGUACGGUAACCUCGAGCAGCGCAAGCAGAUCGCGCACGAGCUGAAGGGCACUUACAAGGAACUGGCGCAGAGCCGAUACGCCAAGUUCUUGGUCGGAAAGUUGAUUGUGCACGGAGACGAGGAGACCCGCGAUUUGAUUAUUCCAGAGUUCUACGGCAAUGUCCGACGUCUCAUUCGCCACGCUGAGGGUUCAUGGAUUCUCGACGAUAUCUACCGCCAGGUUGCCAGCAAGGCUCAGAAGGACAGACUUCUCCGCGAGUGGUACGGUCCCGAGUUCGUCAUUUUCCAGAACGAGGGCGAGACAUCUUCCGACUUGGGCAAGAUUCUCGAAGCUCACCCCGAGAAGCGUGGACCUAUCAUGAACUACUUGCGUGAGAUGAUCAACCAGCUGGUGCAGAAGAAGAGCACUGGAUUCACUAUGCUCCACGACGCUAUGCUGCAAUUCUUCCUCAACACAAAACCCGGCAGCAAUGAAGCCAACGAAUUCAUUGAGCUGCUGAAGAGUGACGAGGAGGGUGAUCUGGUUAAGAACUUGGCUUUCACCAAGUCCGGUUCUCGCCUGAUGUCACUGUCUUUCGCAUACGCCAACGCCAAGGACCGCAAGCUCCUUCUGCGAUUCUACCGUGACACCGUUAAGGCCAUGGCCGGUGACCUCCACGGCCACCAGGUCAUUCUUGCUGCUUACGAGGUCAUCGAUGACACCAAGCUGAGCGCCAAGUCUUUCUUCCCCGAGCUGUUGAACCAGAACGACCCCGAGGAGGCCCGCAAUGAGGAGCUUUGCUUCCAGGUCAACGACCUGACUGCCCGUAUCCCCGUACUAUAUCCCUUCGCCGGUGACCGCGUCAAGUGGCUGCUUCCCGAAGCCGACCAGAAGGUCCUUGAGGAAGUCCGCGAGGUCCGCAAGGAGACCUCCAAGAAGGAUGCCAACGUGCGUCGCCAAGAACUUGUCAAGGUGGCCUCCCCCACACUACUCGAGUUCAUUGCCGCUCGCGCAUCUACCCUCCUCGAGACCACCUUCGGAUGUCAAUUCCUGUCCGAGGUCCUGUUCGAGGCUGACGGUGAUAAGACCGCCGCUCUGGCCGCUCUUGCCGUUGCUGCCAAGGAGCACACCGAGGCCCGGGACACCGCCCACGCUGGUCGUCUCCUCAAGUCUCUCGUUCAGGGAGGACGCUUCAACCCUGCGACCAAGAGUGUCGAGAAGGUGGAGCCGGCGUUGAACUUCCACGGCGUGCUUUACGACCAGAUCAAGGAUGAGGUCGUGGAAUGGGCGACUGGAGCCAACCCCUUUGUCAUUGUUGCGCUGGCUGAGUCCGAAGACUUUGAGAAGAAGAGCGAGCUGCUCAAGACUUUGAAGAAGAACAAGAAGGCGCUGGAGCAGGCCUCUGCGUCGGUGGUUGAGAAAGACGGAAAGAAGAAGCCUAGCCCGGCCAGCAGCGGUGCUAAGCUUCUGCUGGAGAAGAUCUAA